GAAGAUGUGCUGAAGCAUUUAUGUAGAGGGUUGUUGAGAAGUAUUAUAUCCCUGUUGAAAGAGAUUUGUCAGAGUUCUCCAUCAUCACAGAGUACCACAGAACUUAGGCUAAGUAUUGAUUGUGGACAGCAGGACCCCACAUCCAUAUAUAGCCUUGUUAGACUCCUCUCCAGCCUCGUAGUGUGUACCACUGACAUCCAAAUAACCACUCUCCGGUACUCCAAACGAUUUUCAAAUCAUUCCUCCCUCAACCUUGAGGGGGUAAAGUGGCACAGAAUGUAAAAGAAAUAUUUUAGUAUGCGUAGAAACUGUUGGAAUCGACAAGCACCAAAAGACCCCUUGAUGUUGCUUAAAGGAACUUGUUAUUGCAUUAGCAUCUCUGGGUAACAAAAAAUUCAAAACCACUGCUGAGAGUAAGUUCAGAUUACCAGAAUGUCUGCAAGUCAAAUGAGUCUAAUAUAAAAUGUAGGGCUCUCUGUGAGCAGACGGGAUUGUCAACAUUUCUGUGGAGAAAGCAUGUGGAUUGUUUUCACAUGUGAGGAAUUGCUGGGGAAAUUAUCUAACAUUUCUCAAUGAAAAAUAACUUCUGCACAUUUUGCCGUUUCCAAAUGGAACAACUCAAGUCUUCUCGUGAUGUUUGAAGUGACUGUAUCAGACACUUAUCUGCUGUUGUGAAUAAUUUUUCCAAUCAAGUUUUCUGCACUGGAGUUUAUCAUGCCUUAAAAAUAUGAAUCUGCUCCGUGUGUCAGAAACAGACAAAGAGACAGUUAAUAUCCAAUGGCACACUUAAACAAAAUGUUUACAGAAGAGACAUGCUGAAAGUGCAAGUAGGCCUGUCUGUUCAAUUUUUCAGUUUCCUUGUCAUGAGUUUUUUGUUUUCACACAUACUAUCAAUUCAGAGCAAUGCAACAAAGGAUGGUGAUUCAGAUUGGGGAGCAGGAUCUUGUCCGACAAAUUGUACCUGUAAAAUGACCAACUACCCAAAAUAUCGAAGCUUUUUCAACAAGACUGUGGUGUGUAUUGGAGUACAAUUUGUGAAUAAUGUUUUUCCAGAAAACAUUCCAUUGGAUGUUGACAUUUUGGACCUGUCUCAAUGUCAUCUCACUCGUCUCAAUCUAAUAUUGCCGCUAAAGAAUUUGAGAUUCUUAGACAUUUCAUUCAACAAUUUGAGAACAAUGGAUAGGCAAAUUCACAAGUUGACUGCUCUAAGACGGCUUAUUGUGAAGAACAACAGCUUAUCCUAUCUACAGAAUGGUGCUUUUAGUGGUAUGAUGUAUCUUGACACCCUUGACCUCUCUAACAAUCAAUUGUAUUCCAUAGAGCCCCAUACUUUUGGUGGAUUAAAUUAUCUCAAAAAACUUCAUCUUGAGGGGAACCGCCUCCAUUUUUUGUCUCCUCAGUGGUUUGUCAGCAUGCCAAGCCUCGGUCGGCUCUUUUUGUCUAACAAUUUAAUUGGACGACUUAAAGCUAAUGUGUUUGAAACGCUCUCGGGCCUCUUCACAAUGAAGCUUAACAAAAACAGGAUUUCCCACAUCGAGGCUGGUGCAUUUAAUGGACUGACACACCUGCGGAUUUUGGAUCUGACAGACAACCAACUUCAAAUCAUUCCAACUUUAGAACUCCAUAAUCUUCCAUUGUUGCAGUACCUCCAGUUUGAUAAAAAUCCCAUCCUCCGUAUCCCAACACAUGCCUUCCAUUCGGUGAAUUUAACAAUGUUGACGAUGAGUUACAUGCCAAAUUUAAAAGUCAUAGAAAGAGAGUCAUUUCUAAAUUUGAAAGACCUGGUGACUUUACAACUUCACGAUAACAGCCAACUUGUUUAUGUCGAUCCUCACACUUUUGUAAAUUGUACCCGACUGAAAAACUUGUAUCUUCACAAUAACAAGUUGCGAAGUGUGUCUUCCAUCCUUAAGGACAGUUUGCCUUCCCUGAAAACAUUACAUGUGUAUAACAAUGAACUUGUGUGUGACUGUAAUGCAAUGUGGAUGAAACAAGAAAAUCUAAAGGAAAAAUCCAACAAGACUUAUAGGUCGGUACUCUUUGGGGACUCCAUGCUUAAGUGUAACUCACCACCACACAGGAAAGGCAUUUUGCUGAGAGACCUGCCUUUGUCUGCUCUGAACUUCACAUGCGCCCCUGUAAUUAUUUCUUUGUUUAAAAGCAGCUACAAUCUCAGUAUUGGGGAGGAGCUGCAUUUAGAGUGUUACACUAUGGGGUUGCCAUCGCCCCAGACAAGCUGGCGAUUACCCAACGGCACCACUCUGCGGAGUGGACAUCUGCACAGAGGUCGAUAUGAAAUUCAUCAUAAUUCAACAUUCAUUUUGAAAUAUCUGUACGAAACUGACACAGGAACUUAUUCUUGUCAAGCUCAGAGUCUGUCUGGAUAUGAUGUGAGCUCGACGGCAGUUACCGUCAACAAUAAGCCAGUCCGGAUUUCUCCGGAGUUUGUCGCUGGAAAUUUCAUAACAAUUUCGUGGAAUGGAACUCGAAAUCAGUGGUCCAUGACUGGUUACGAGAUUCAUUAUAGACAGCUGGAUGGCUCUGAAAAUUUCCAAAUCAUUCCAUUAGAUCGUCGACUUCGACAGUUCCGCUAUACAUUUACAAAUCUCACUCCUCAGACAACUUACAUGUUUUGUAUAGUGUAUGUAUUUGAAACAGAACUGUAUACGGUUCACUGCACCAACAUCACUACAAGUGACCUCGAUCUAAGUGCUACUGGAAUAACACGUAUAAAUUCUAAAAUGGUUGUAGGUGUGGUGACAUCAAUAUUCAUGUUGUUGAUUCUGGGAUGUUGUGUUUUUGUGCUUCGUCGCUUUGGUAAAAGAAAAAACUACCUUGAACCACUGAACAGCAAAGACACAGACAGUUUGAUAGACAUAAUUCCCUUAGAUUCAAUGUACCAAGGGGCAACAACUCCGGCAGCAUGCUCUUCACGCACAUCAUUGAUUCAGUCCCAAGACUGACUUCCUACAGGUGCUAUGGAUUUUUGAUUGUCAACUUUACAAACAAAACGACUACGAGGAUUUACAAUAAUGUCAUUUUACUACAAAGAAAAUCAAAGUAUUAUGAGAAGUGUGUUCAAGUGUACAUAUUAGGGCAAUCUUUUGUUUUUAAAAAAAAUAAAGUAAUUCAAAAGUUUAA